AUGACUUCCGCGGUUGAUCAAAGAUCUUCAUCUCCACCAUUUAAAAAACAAAGAUUAGAUUCUUUAAAUCAUUCAUUUUCACAUUCAAAUAAUAAUUCACAAUCAAAUAUAAAUAAUAAUACUAUUAAUAAAUUACCAUCAGACUUAUCAUCAAAUGGCAACUCAAAAUUUCAUUAUCAACUUAAAAGUGAUCCAAUAAAAAAUCAUAGCUCAUCAAUACCUGAUAAUGCUGAAAUUAUAAUGUUAAGUGAUGAUGACGAAGAAGAAAUGGUACAAGUAAAACCUCAACCAACAAGAAUGACAAAGCCAAUAAUACCUAAUGUCUUGAAUAAUGGCACUAAAGAAGAAGAUAUUGAUGAUGAUAUAGUUAUAUUGAAUGAAGCAGAUGUUAAAAAAAUUGGAUUCAAACCAACCUCAUUUAAUUCAAAUAUUAUUAAACCUCAACCUAUUUUACAACCACCGUCAAGUUCAACUUCAAGUCAACCGCCACCAGUACCCCAAGUACAACAACAACAACAAUACCCACCAAUUAUAAUUCCAGGUACUUUUAAUCAACCAGCUCCUGUUCCACAAGUAACUGAUAAUUUACAACAAAUAUCUCAAGCAGAAUUGAAAACAAGAGAAGCUACUCAAUUACAAGAAAUUAAUAGAUUAGAAGAAAUGAAAACUUCUAUUUCUUCAAAAAUUCAACAAAAUUCUCAGCAAUUUGAAAAAGAAAAUACUACAAUGAAGCAACUCAAUGUUAGACUAAAACAAGCUAAUGAUUUAGGCAAACAUGAUUUAGUAAAUAGAAUCAGAAAAGCUGUAGCUGUUGUACAAAGAGCAAUGAAUGGUCAUAGAAGUAAUGUAAAUCAACUACAAACAUCUUUACAAAAUUUAGAAAGAAUGGUUAUAGAACAUAGAAAUAAAUUAUCCUUAAUAACUAAUCAAUUAAGAAAUGUUGGGCAUGUUUUGAAUGCAGCUAUUAAUCCAUAUGCUGCUCAAAUAGCGAAUGAAAUGAAUGCAGAACCAGAAGUUGCAAUUCAAGAUUUAUUAAAUGAAAUUCUAUCUGAAGAAAACUUGGAAAAAGAAGGUUUAGCAAAUACACCAGCUGAAAUGAGUAUUAAUUUACUAAAACAUCAAAGAAUUGGAUUAACUUGGUUAUUGAAACGAGAAGACCCCAAAAGUAAAUCAAAAGGUGGUGUUUUAGCUGACGAUAUGGGUUUGGGUAAGACUAUUCAAACUUUAGCAUUAAUAUUAGCAAAUAAGUCGAAAGAUCCAAAUCGUAAAACAACUUUAAUUAUUGCACCUGUUUCUUUGUUAAGACAGUGGGCAGCAGAAGUUCAGUCUAAAACUAAACCAUCCUGUAAUUUAGAAGUUGGAAUUUAUCAUGGUGAUGAAAAAAGAGAUAUGGUUACAUUUAGUGCAAUGAAAAAAUGUGAUAUUGUUUUAACUUCAUAUGGUACUUUAUCAUCAGAAUGGAAAAAGCAUUAUAAAGAAGAAAUACACGCUAAUAAAGAGUUUAAAGGUUACAUUCCAAAAAAUAAUGAAGGUGGUCAAAGUUAUGAAUCACCAUUUUUUUCAAAAACUUCUUUCUUUUAUAGAAUAGUCUUAGAUGAAGCUCAAAAUAUUAAAAAUAAGGUUUCAAUUGCAUCAAAAGCAGUCCAUAACUUAAAAGGAGAUUUUAGAUUUUGUUUAUCAGGUACUCCAAUGCAAAAUAAAGUUGAUGAAUUGUAUCCGAUAUUAAGAUUUUUAAAUAUUAAACCAUAUUGUAAAGAAGAUAGAUUUAGAGAAGAUAUUGCAACGCCAUUAAAAUCAAAAUCAGAUAUUUAUGACGGAUUUGAUAAAAAUUCAGCAAUGAGAAAAUUAAGAGCAUUAUUAAGUUCAAUUUUAUUAAGAAGAACGAAAAAUUCAACAAUCGAUGGAGAACCAAUUUUAAAUUUACCCGCGAAACAUCUUAUUAAAGAUUUUGUUAAAUUAGAAGAUGAAGAAUGGGAAUAUUAUCAAAGUAUUGAACUUGAUGUUCAAAAGGAAGCGUCAGCAAUGUUUAAAAAUAAUGACAAGAAAAAUAUAUUUGUUUUAUUACUUAGAUUAAGACAAGCUUGUAUUCAUUCUUAUUUGGUUCAAAUUAGUAGAAUUAAAGCAAAUAUGAAAGGAGAACAAUUAAUAAAAAGUAAUUGGAGAUUACAAUUAACACAUGCAGAAAAUUUAAGUGCUAAUGUUGUUAAUUCAAUAAUCUCAAGAUUAGAUGGAAAUUUAACUUGUUCAAUUUGUUUAGAUUUAAUGGAUGAAGGAAUAGCAGUAUUUCAAGAAUGUGGACAUAUGUGUUGUCAAGCUUGCAUUGAAACUUUUUUGGAUGAUUAUGAAGUAGAUCAAGAUAGUACUGGAAGAAUUGCAAAGUGUAAAGAUUGUAAUACACACGUCAAGGAAUCAAGAAUUUUUGAUUAUGGAAUGUUUGAAAAACUUCAUUUAGAACGAUUAAAUAGAAAUGAAGUUGAAAAUUAUUAUUAUGAUUUACAAAAAUCAAAAAAUUUAACAAAUUUACAAAUUAUUGCUGAAUUAAAUAAAGAAAAUAAUGGUUUUGAAACAAGUGCUAAAAUUGAUAAAGCUAUUGAAAUUAUCAAGAAAAUCCAACAAGAUCAUCCUGGUGAAAAAAUUAUUAUAUUCAGUCAAUUCACAACGCUUUUUGAUUUAUUAAAAAUUGUUUUAAAUCAUGAAGGUAUUCAAUUUUUACGUUAUGAUGGUAGUCUUAGUAUGGAUGCAAGAAAUUCUACUAUAAAAAGAUUUUAUCAAAGUAAUGCUGAUGUUUUAUUGUUAUCCUUACGUGCUGGUAAUGUAGGUUUAACUUUAACUUGUGCAAAUCAUGUUAUUAUAAUGGAUCCAUUUUGGAACCCUUUUGUAGAAGAUCAAGCAAUGGAUAGAGCUCAUAGAAUAGGUCAAGAAAAAGAAGUUAAUGUUCAUAGAAUUUUAAUUGCUGGUACUGUUGAAGAUAGAAUUUCAACUUUACAACAAUUUAAAAAAGAUUUAAUUGGUGAUGCAUUAGAUGAAAAAGAAUUAAAGAGUGUUUCUGGUUUAAAUCCAUCCGAAUUGGGUUAUUUAUUCGGCUUAAAUAGCUUAAAUAGACCAAGAGAAAUUGGUAACUAG